UAUUUCUAGUGUAUAAGAGAGAGUGUUAUUCAGUGUAUUUCCCAUCUCUCCUGAGCCCAGGUCACUCUGAAUCACUCAGACUGCUGAAUGGAGAGAGCCGGUGUGAUGGGAGAGUGGAGAUUUCCCUCCGUGGUGUGUGGGGCAGAGUGCUGGAUGACCAGUGGGACAUGAACGAUGCCAGCGUGGUGUGCAGGGAGCUCCAGUGUGGAGUCGCUGAGAAAGCUUUUAACCCCCCAAAGACUGAGAAUGGAACGGGCCCUGUGGGGCUCAGAAGGGUCCAGUGUGCAGGAAAUGAGACUCGUCUGACUCUCUGUGACAUCUCCACGUCUGAGACAGCCCAGGCAGGAAUUGCUGAGGAUGUCGGUGUCCUUUGCUCAGGGAGCCGGCAGAUCAGACUGGUGAAUGGGACAGGUCGCUGUGCCGGAAGAGUGGAGAUUUAUUACAAUGGCAGCUGGGGGACAGUCUGUGAUGAUUCCUGGGAUCUGUCAGACUCCGAUGUCGUUUGCAAACAACUGGGAUGUGGACGCGCCAUCAGUGCAACUGUCUCUGCUCGUUAUGGGCAAGGAUCCGGGCAGAUCUGGCUGGACGAUGUGAACUGCUCUGGGAAGGAAUCCGAUCUCUGGGCGUGUCCUUCCAGGGGCUGGGGCCAGCACAACUGCAGGCACAAAGAGGACGCGGGAGUUCUCUGCUCAGAGUUCACAGAUCUGAGGCUGGUGAGCAACAGUGACUGUGCUGGGCGGCUGGAGGUUUUCUACAACGGGACGUGGGGCAGCGUUUGCUCCAAUGCGAUGUCUGGAGUCACCCCAGCAAUUGUCUGCAAACAGCUGAACUGUGGGGACGGAGGGCAGAUUGCAAGUGACUUUGAAUAUGGAGCAGGUUCUGGUCCCACGUGGCUGGACCACGUUGCAUGCAGUGAGCAGCACAGCUCCCUCUGGCAGUGCCUGUCAGAGCCCUGGGAUCCCAGGUCAUGUGAUAACCGAGCAGAAGAGACCCAUAUUUCUUGCACUGGGAAAAAACCAAAACCAACUCAGACCCUGUUUGCCGAAUGCCCGAACUCUCCCAGCUGCACAGACCAAGACAAGUUACGCGUCGUGGGAGGAGAGGACAGAUGCUCGGGGAGAGUGGAGGUUUGGUACCGUGGCUCCUGGGGAACAGUUUGUGAUGACUCCUGGGACAUGGCGGAUGCUAAUGUAUUGUGUAAACAACUGGGCUGUGGAUCUGCUCUGUCUGCCCCGGACAAGGCUGCAUUCGGCGAAGGGACUGGUCCCAUCUGGGUGGAGACUUUGAAUUGCAGAGGGACGUCAUCUCUCUGGGACUGUCCUGCCAGGCCCUGGGGUGAGAGCAACUGUGGUCAUAAGGAAGAUGCUGCCGUGAAUUGCUCAGGUCUGACAGAGAGGACAGAUUCUCUGAGUACCCCAGCUCCCCCACGCCGCCCUCCGACCGACAGUGGGAGAGUCACGGUGCCCGUGGUCAUCUGCAUUAUCCUGGGGGCCCUGCUCUGCCUGGUCUUAAUCAUCCUGGGGGUGCAGGUGCGAAGUGCCAGGGCACAGCGCAGAGGCUCCAGAAGACCCUUGGAUCCCUUCUCUGAGGCCGUGUACGAGGAGAUUGAUUAUAACCUGAUGAGAAAAAAGCAGGAGAUGUUCAGUCGCUCAG